AUGCGAGAGAUAUUUGAUAUCGCGGGAGAGAUUCCAGAAGAUUUUCCAGAGGGUGUUUAUAUAAGAAAUGGUUCAAACCCUCUCUUUGGAGCCCUCCACUCGUCAACCUCAAUCUUUGGCAAGUCCCAUGACAUUUGGGUCGAAGGAGAAGGCAUGCUCCACGCCUUGUACUUCACCAAGAGCAAAAACAACACAUGGUCGAUCAAGUACACCAACCGCUACGUGCAAUCCGAUACAUUUAGGGUUGAGAAAGGACUGAAGAAACCAUGCUUCCUCCCUGCCAGCGACGGUGACCCUCUUGCGAUGCUCAUAGCGGGUACCCUUAAUAUUUUGAGGUUCGGAAAGGCUUUCAAGAACAUGAGCAACACCAGCGUGUUUGAGCAUGCUGGGAGAGUCUUCUCAGCAGCAGAAAAUGAUAACCCCCAUGAGAUUGACCUAUGUAGUCUUGGCACACUGGGUAGCUGGAAUGUUGAUGGAGGAUGGAAGAUGCCAUUCACUGCGCACCCCAAGGUAAUCCCUGGAACAGGAGAGUUGGUCAUCUUCGGGUUCAACCUGGAUGCGCCUUUUCUAACGGUUGGAGUUGUCUCAGCCGACGGGAACAAACUACAGCAGAAGGUUGCUCUCGAGUUAGACAGAUGCACAUAUUGUCAUGAAAUAGGAGUCACUACAAUGUACAACAUUAUUUUAGAUUCUCCACUUACAAUCAACAAGGAAAGGUUGCUCAAAGGUGCUCCGCUGAUUGAAUUCGAAAAGGAUAGCUAUGCAAGAAUAGGUGUCAUGCCCCGUUAUGGUGAUGCAAACUCGAUAGCAUGGUUUUACGUACAACCAUUUUGCACGAUCCAUCUUGUCAACUGCUUUGAAGAAGAAGAUGAGGUCGUUGUGAGGGGAUUUCAUGUGCCAGGUUCUAUCAUUUUGGGGCCAAGGAUCAAAUGCAAUCAAGGACUAACCGAGGAAUGUUUUUCUCGCUUGUAUGAGUGGAGACUGAACUUGAAAACAAGGGCAGUUGUAGGCAAAUACUUAACUGGAAAAGAGGUUGCCCUGGAAUUCCCAGUAAUGAAUGACAAAUAUGUUGGCUUGCCUCACAAGUACGCAUAUGCUCAAGUGGCAGAUUCUCCUGCAAAUUUGGCAGGUGGUCCAGGAAUAGUACGACCGAAAUUCGGAGGUUUUGCAAAAUUUUGUCUUCAUGAGAAAGAGGAUGCAACCACCAAGAACAAAGGCCAAGAGGACCACAUAAAGGUUAAGUAUCAUCACCUUGCUAGAAAUCAAUUCUGCUCUGGGGCAACUUUUGUGCCAAAAGGUCAAUGGUACAAACGAAGAUGA